AUGGGGAGAAAAUGGACAUACUGUGUUGUUUAUGCCAUCAUCCAGAUACAGUUUUUCAGGGGAGUAUGGGAAGAGCUAUUCAAUGUUGGAGAUAACGUGUAUGCUCUACCUGGUUCUGACGUCAACUUGACCUGCCAAACCAAGGAGAAAAACUUCUUGGUACAGAUGCAGUGGUCCAAGGUCACAGAUAAGACUGACAUGAUUGCUCUUUAUCAUCCCCAAUAUGGCCUCUACUGUGGGCAGGAACAUGCCUGUGAGUCACAAGUGGCUGUCAUAAAAACUCCGAAGGGUGCAACAAAUUGGACUCUGUACUUAAGGAAUAUCUCCUCUGCCCUCAGUGGAAAGUAUGAGUGCAUCUUGACUCUGUAUCCAGAAGGCAUCAAGACUACAGUCUACAACCUCAUUGUGGAACCCUAUACACAAGAUGAACACAACCAUACAAUAGAAAUAGAGACAAAUCGGACUCUGGAAAUACCAUGCUUUCAAAAUACCUCCUCAGGAAUUUCACCUAGGUUCACCUUUUCAUGGUUGGUGGAGAAAGAUGGAGUGGAAGAAGUUCUCUUCACCCAUGAUCACCACGUCAACAAUUCCACAUCAUUUAAAGGCAGAAUCAGGCUGGGUGGAGACUACGGACUCCACCUCUCCCCGGUCCAAAUCCAAGACGAUGGCAGGACAUUCUCUUGCCGUCUGAGUGUCAGUCCUUUCAAAGCCUGGAAGAUGUCCACCACAGUCAAGGUUUUUGGUAAGGACCAAUUAUUGGGGAGAAUUGAGAAAAGCAGAAUUUGAGUUAUUGGGCUUGAGAGAGUACUUACCUGUCUGCUGAAGAAUGUGUUCCCCACAGCAAACAUCACCUGGUUAAUAGAUGGACGAUUUCUUCAAGGCAACGAAGAAGGAAUAUACAUUACAAAUGAAGAGAAGCAUCACAGUAGCGGAUUUCGGGAACUGAAGUCAGUUUUAACAAGGAUGCACAGCAGACCAUCCCAAUCAAACAACCUGACAGCUUGGUGUAUGGCUCUGUCUCCAGGCCCCAGAAAUGAAAUGUGGAAUACUUCAUCACAACCCAUCACGUUUUCCUUCGAUUCUGUGACUGCCCCAACGAAACAUCUUCCCAAUGUGACAGGUUCUACCCUGAGUCUACAACCUUUUCCAGAUGAUGGAGUGUCUCCUACAGGAUAUCUAGCUACAUCUUCAGUGACAAUUGUAGAUGAAAAUGCAUUGACACCAGAUGCAACUCCUCAAACCAACAAUUCCAGCAUGUCUACUAAAGAUGGCAACUAUUCACAGGCCUUCAGUGGGGCAGAUGCCUAGAACUCCUCAAGAGCUGCUGCUUCUUCUAAUAGUGGAUCUUGGCCUUUUCCUUCCACUUCUUCUCCAGAAUGGCACUCACUGCCUGGUACCUCCCGUGGACACCAAGAGCCAGAAUCCCCAGUUUCAUGGAUGCCCAGUGACGUGCACACUUCAGUCUCUUUGGACGCAAGCUUAGCUCCUCACGAUGCCAUCAUCAGUACAGCCAAAGAAUUUCCAGAUGUCCUCACAACUGCAAAUGGAACUACUAAGAUGGACCACAGCCCUAUCACCAGUAUCAUAGUUAAUCAACCCAGAGAUGGAAUGUCUUGGCCUGUGCUUGUAUCGGCUUUGCUCUUUUUCUGCACACUAUUGUUUGGACUUGGAGUAAGAAAAUGGUAUCAGUAUCAAAACGAAAUCAUGGAGAGACCCCCACCUUUCAAGCCACCACCACCUCCCAUCAAGUACAGGUGCAUUCAGGAACCCACUGGAUGUGACCUGUGUUGUCAUGAGAUGGAGGUCCUCUAAGCUUUGAGCCUUGCCAUGAUGAGAGUGAUGGAGUCCUGUAGGAAGGGAGAUACUGUACAAUAUUAAUAUCAUCACCAGCCAGACAUGCCUCUGCUUCAGCUCAAAUGAAUGUUGGAAGUAAAUGAGUUCUAUUCCCAGCAUACUGACCUCUUUCAUCUGCAAACACCUGAGAUGUAAAUAAGCAUUAGAAGAUAAAGCGAUGUUCACACCC